AUGAUUUCACAAAUUACAAAAGAUUUGAUGGAAAAAACAGGACUCAACUUUGAUGAAUUCGGUCAAAUUCGAGUAAUAGAUUCUCAACUAACCACUAAUUCCGAAGAUCUAAAAAACUUGUGUUCUGAAUUCACUGAUGAAAACAACAGACAAAGGAAGACGAUUGCAAGAAGUCAAGAAACAGAAGAAGAAAAAUUAACAGAAAAGAAAACGACAGACAAAGGAGGACGAUUGCAAGAAGUCAAGAAACAGAAGAAAGAAAAAUUAACAGAAAAGAAAACGACAGACAAAGGAGGACGAUUGCAAGAAGUCAAGAAACAGAAGAAAGAAAAAUUAACAGAAAAGAAAACGACAGACAAAGGAGGACGAUUGCAAGAAGUCAAGAAACAGAAGAAAGAAAAAUUAACAGAAAAGAAAACGACAGACAAAGGAGGACGAUUGCAAUCAAGAAACAGAAGAAAGAAAAAUUAA